AUGGAAGCGCAAGGCACCAAAGAAGGGCGGCCUGCCCACAAGCUUUUUGAGCAUAAAGUUGGAGAGGCUUCUCCGGUCCGUUCUACAGACGGAAGUGCCGUGCCCUCAGAGCAAGUUCUCGAACGUGGUAUUGAUAUUGGCCCAUGGACCGUGCGUGUGCGACAUGGCAGUAUUGCCAAUGCCAGCGAAUUGGAUGCCUUGUCAGAUCAGCUGGAUAUUCCCCCACCAGAAAUGCCCUUUCUUAAAAAUGCACUGAUUCUCGAGCACGCUCCCAGCGGCUUUACCUACUGCUUUGAUGCUAUUCGUGCACUUCAAUGCGUCGAUGGAAUUCGUACCUCGCUGCAACUCACGCCCAUCGAUUGUGCGCGUGAGUGCGCGGCUGGUAUGGAUAUAGGAAGCACAGGGCGUCAUAAAAGAACCCUUUCGCGCAGUGGGAUCAAAGUGGCGCAUGCAGGUGCAUGGGGUCAAUCUCGACGCCAAGCUCUGGCCACGCACGGCCAACCCCCGUCGUACCUUAGUACCACCAAGCAAUACGACUGGACCUACUCAUCCACAUGGCCCGGUCUGCCGGGCACUUCGGCCCCAGCAGAUGUGCAUGCAAUUACGGUGCCCUCCAACGCAGCGUCGGUGUUUCAACUCGGCACUGACUAUGCCCGCGAUCGGAUCCCUGUGGAGCGUCUUGGCCCGUCUAGUGGCGAGCCCAUUUUGUUUUACGAUGAUAUCAUGCUGUACGAGGAUGAGCUGGGCGAUAACGGCUCAAGUAUGUUGAAUGUCAAAGUGCGUGUGAUGCCAAGUGGUCUGCUUGUGUUGCAGCGCUUCUUUUUGCGUGUGGACGAUGUUGUGUUCCGCGUUUUCGAUACCCGCAUGUAUGUGUCCUUCGAUCCACGCGAAGGCGACAUGCUUCCUCAUGGCACAUCGUCCAUUUCGUGCCCUCGCGUCAUCCGCGAAUGCCGUGGCAUCCAAGCGCCAUACGCCGAUGUGAAACGAUGUAUGCCGCCGCAUCGUCCGAACGACUUGUCCAUCUUGACCAAUGUGGCAUGGGUUGCAGAGCAGCUGACCAAGCUACAGGCCCGGCGCAUGCGCACAACCCCACCACCGCAAGCCCAAGCCCCUGGUAUCACUAUGGCGACACCCAGCGCUGCGAUUCUAGGGGAGGCGCCAUCCACCGAGCCGCCCUGGGAAGGCGAAGGGAUGUGUGUUCAUGUAGCUGUCUUGCAACCGAGAUCUACGUAG